GCUUUGCAGUCUUGGUUACCAUCCCAGGGCUGAAAUGGAGCUGCUGGGACUCACUACGCUUGCUCUCGUGGUUUCUGUGACAUGCCUCAGCCUCCUUUCAGUGUGGACAAAAAUGCACACUGUGGGGAGACUGCCUCCUGGCCCCACUCCACUUCCCAUUAUUGGGAAUAUACUACAAUUGAACCUCAAGGACAUCCCUGCAUCGCUUUCCAAGCUGGCCAAAGAGUAUGGGCCUGUUUAUACUCUGUACUUUGGAUCCUGGCCUACUGUGGUCCUACAUGGCUAUGAUGUGGUGAAGGAAGCGCUACUCAAUCAAGGUGAUGAGUUUCUUGGGAGAGGACCUCUGCCCAUUAUCGAAGAUAGCCAGAAGGGACGCGGACUUAUUUUCAGUAGGGGAGAAAGGUGGAAACUCCUUCGACGUUUCUCCCUCGCGACACUGAAGAACUUUGGGAUGGGGAAGAGAAGCCUAGAAGAGAGGGUGCAGGAGGAAGCCCAGUGCCUUGUGGAGGAAUUACGAAAGACAGAAGCUCAGCCCUUCGACCCCACCUUCAUCCUGACCUGUGCUCCCUGCAACGUGAUCUGUUCCAUCCUUUUCAACGAGCGAUUCCAAUACAACGACAAGACAUUCCUCAACCUCAUGGAUCUUUUAAAUAAAAAUUUUCAUGAAGUGAACUCUAUAUGGUGCCAGAUGUACAACCUAUGGCCAACAUUAAUGAAGUAUAUCCCUGGAAAACAUAAAAAUUUCUCAAAAAGAGUUAAUGAUGUUAAAAAAUUCAUUCUAGAAAAAGUGAAGGAGCACCAGGAGUCCCUGGAUCCUGCCAACCCUCGGGACUACAUCGACUGUUUCCUCAACAAGAUUGAGGAGGAGAAGCACAACCUGAAAUCUGAUUUUGAUCUAGAGAACUUGGCCAUCUGUGGGUCUAACUUGUUUACAGCGGGCACCGAGACAACCGGCACCACCCUGAGAUUCGGGCUUCUGCUCCUUCUGAAGCAUCAAGAGGUGCAAGCCAAAGUUCAUGAAGAACUUGACCGUGUGAUUGGACGCCAUCAACCCCCCAGCAUGAAGGACAAGAUGAAGCUGCCCUAUACCGACGCUGUGUUGCAUGAGAUUCAAAGAUACAUCACUCUCCUUCCUUCUAAUCUGCCCCACGCUGUGGUCCAGGACACGACAUUCAGGCACUAUGUCAUCCCCAAGGGCACCGCGGUCUUUCCGCUACUGUCUUCUAUCUUGUUGGAUCAAAAGGAGUUUCCCAACCCAGAGAAGUUUGACCCAGGACACUUUCUGGACAAAAAUGGCAACUUCAAGAAAACAGACUACUUUGUUCCUUUCUCCCUUGGGAAGCGGUCCUGUGUUGGUGAGAGUCUGGCCCGUAUGGAGCUGUUCCUGUUCUUCACCACCAUUCUGCAAAAGUUUUCCCUAAAGACUCUGGGGGAGCCAAGGGACCUUGAUAUCAAGCCUGUUGUUACUGGGAUUAUCAACUUGCCACCACCUUACAAGCUGUGCCUUGUUCCUAGAUAAGAAUUUAUCCUUUUAAUCAUUCAAAUCAAAGUAAUUGUUUCCUUUUUCUAUAAGAAGUCUCUUUAUGCUAAGUACUACCUAGGCCAGAAACAUCAUUCAUUAAAACCACAUGGGUGUUUGUUUCAGCCUAAACAUCUGGGUCUUGAAAGCACCCAGGACACAGGCAGUGUGUCUGUGUUCCUCACCUGCUUGAUAAACCAGGCCCCAAGUACAACUGACACCAGGCAUACAAGGCCCUCAUCAGACACCGCCUGCAAGUAGUCAUGCACGCUCUUCUGUGGCUUCAGAAAUAGAAUUUAUUUUCUAACAUUGUUUCAAUAGAGAAAUUAAUGUAACGGCCCACACACAUUUUCCUAUUCUCACUUAAAAGCAUUUAUGUGUCACAUUCACAAAAUAAAUUCUCACCCCAACAA